CAGUCGUAACAUUUCCACCGGUCGUGCGCCAGUGUAAUCCACUCGUGACCAAAGUGUCGAUCGUCGUCGUGAUCUAAGUAAUACUAUUAUUACUUCCGUUCAAUAAAAUUUUUUUCACCGUCGAUUUCGUUAUCCACGUUCUUCUGUUGCAGAAAACGCAUUUUCAAUGGAAGAAUUCAACGAGGAUAUUUACAUAUUAUUCAAAGGAUAAUCAAUUUUGAAGAAUUAUAUUUAACUGAAAUAGAACAUGUGGUUUUUCAUGUUAUUCAUUUCAUCGUUUUACAUUUGGACAUGUGACGGACUGACCGUAAAAGCGGUAGUACCUCGGUACAAGGUUCGUGGGGAGACAGCCGUGCUCCGGUGUGACUUCGAGCUGGAAGGUGCUCCUCUGUACGCCGUCAAAUGGUACCGCGAAAACGAAGAGUUUUACCGGUUUGUGCCUAAGUCAGAACCUCAGAAGACGUCUUAUGCGGUGGAUGGGAUUAAAGUUGAUCAUAUGCAAUCCAACAGUCGACAGUUAACGUUGAGGGACAUAACAUUGAAAACCACAGCUAAUUACCGGUGCGAAGUUUCUGCAGAAGCUCCGUCGUUUGCUUCCGCACAAGAUGGUGGCCGAAUGGAAGUUAUAUACUUGCCUAAAGACGGUCCGUAUAUCACUGGCGAUAAAUCAAUUUACCAAUUUGGUAACACGAUCAAUUUGAAUUGUUCUUCAGCCAAGUCUUAUCCAGCAUCCAAUCUUCAUUGGUACAUAAAUAACAUUUCGGCGAGAGAAGAAUAUUUGAAGAGGUUCCCAGCACAAAAACACCCUCGAGGACUUGUGACGACAACAUUGGGGUUGCAUUUACCUUUAGAUGCGGAAACCGUAUUGAAUGGGGCAGUAAGGGUUAGGUGUGUGGCUGUAUUAUCACCCGUACUAUGGAUUAGUGACAACGAGAAAGUGUUGCCCAGACAAGAUAAAAGAGAAGCACUCCUGCUUGUUACAGGGUCUUCCAGCGAAUGUAAUUCCAGCAGAGUCAUCGUGUUCCUAUUUUUAUUAAUCAUACAUGUGUUUUUUUAAAAUAAAAUAAGAAAACAAAUUAUCAAUAAAUAAAUA